GCAAACUGUAUUCAGUAAAUAAUAGCUGCAAUUUAAGGGGCAGAAUAGGGAACCGUGAAAUAUCCCUGGUAUCAACCAAAAUGUGUAACCAUUUACAUUUCCUACCGUCCUAAAAUUUACUUUUCAAAUCUUUGUUGAUUAACAUAAUCUCUGUAUCUGACCAAACCCACUCCUUAAACUUACAACAUCGGUGUACAUAAACUAACACGAUUUGAACACGAGUGUAUGGAAUUCAAUCGACGAUUUUAUAUUAAAUAAAUGUCAAGGUUGUUGCUUUUGUUGUUGGUGAUUAAACAGAAAUAUUUAUAAUGUUGGGCAAGCUUCUAAAUAAUAUAAGAAGUGGAACAGUUCAAACAAACGGGAGAGAGAGAAAAAAACCUAGCUAGGCUACCUAUACCAGUUAAAGCCUGUUACCCUACACUCGUUCACCUUGUGGUAAUAACCGAACGUCUUUUCUUUCUCUGAGGAAAAAAACAACUCCCCGUCUGCCCCAUUGAAAACCAGGAGGGGAUCGGAAAGGAAGGAGAGAGUGAGAAAGAAGGCAGAGAAGGAAGGAGUGUGUUGUGAAAAGAGUGGGGCAACGAACGAGACAAAGGAGGUUGCGGCUGCGUUGAUUAUCUUGUCCGUCUCAGAGGCGAGUACUAUAGCUAUAGCUAGCUACCUUUUUCUUGUUUGGCAGAAUCGGUACCGAGAACAUACACUCGAGGUGGGAAGCAUUUGGGAUUUUGGAGAAGCGAGGGAGAUCCUCCAGCGCCAAAGUGCCGUGCAAAAAAAAAGAAAAAACCUCUCUAUCUAAGCAGUUGGGGUUUCAGGAAAUCGAGUGGAUCUUUAGGUUAUAGUGAAUAUUUAUUUUUCCGUGUCGGAGAUAAACAGAACAAAGGAGGCUUGGGCAGGGAAUGAGCGAGCUGAGACGAGCCUUCCGACCAUCUCUUCCAAGACCAGGCCCGAUGCGAUUCUGAAACCAAAAAUAAACACUAUCCCAUUGCUCUCGGAAUCUUUUGUUGAACAAUCAGGGACGAAGAAUUAAGCUUGCGGACAUCCAAGAUGUUCCCCCAGAAUCGACCACCGGCACCUCUGCAGCCGCCUCCCGGGUCCUCGGCCUCGGCUGCGGCGGCCGCGGCGGCUGCGGCCGCGGCUGCGUCGGGGACCCCCCAGUCUCUGAAGCUCACGUACCCCGAAACCCUGGACCGCAUCAAGGAGGAGUUCCAGUUCCUGCAGACGCAGUACCACAGUUUGAAGAUGGAGUGUGAGAAGCUGGCCACAGAGAAGACCGAGAUACAGAGACACUACGUGAUGUACUACGAAAUGUCAUACGGCCUGAACAUCGAGAUGCACAAACAGACGGAAAUCGCCAAGCGGCUGAACGUGAUCUGUGCCCAGCUCAUCCCUUUCCUGUCACAGGAGCACCAGCAGCAGGUGGUCCAGGCCAUGGAGCGCGCCAAGCAGGUGACUAUGGGGGAGUUGAAUGCGUCGAUAGGGCAACAGCUGCAGGCGCAACACCUAUCCCAGCAUGCAGCGCAGGGCCUGCCCAUGGGCCCCCACCCCUCCGGCCUGCAGCACCCCGGCCUGGCUCUGGGCGGGGGCUCGGGCCUACUGGCCCUCUCCGGGGCCCUGGGGGCCCAGCUGGCGGCCAAGGACGAGAGGGCCCAUCUGGAGGCCGCCGCAGCCGCAGCCGAGCACCACAGAGACCGGGAGGCAGGGCCGAGCUCGCUGUCGAACGGGGAGAAGGGGCGGCCGUCAGACUACCUCAGCAAUGGGAAGAAGAGGAAAGCAGAGGAGAAAGAGUUCAUGACAGACUAUGGCAGUGACGCUGACAAGAGUGAUGACAACUUGGUUGUGGAUGAGGACCCGUCAUCACCGCGCAGUGUGCAAUCCUAUUCGUCCAGAGAGAACGGCCUGGACAAGAUCCCGCCCUCCCGAAAAGAGGCCCCGCCCCAGGCCAGCCCCGCCUCCCUGGCCUCGUCCAGCAGCGCCGCCUCCCCUUCACGGAGCAAAGAGCCUCCUCAGAGUGAGAAGUCCAGCACCCCGGGUCUGAAGCCAGGGACCCCCAUGCCCCCGGAGUCCUCCACCCCCGGCCCCAGCGUGCCCCCCCAGUUCCGCGCCAUCCCAGGGAAGGCUGGUGUCGAUGCCCUCGCUCUGGGCCUGAGGAACCCGUUGGCGGUGCAGGGUGCGUACCCCCCGGGUGCGUUUGGGCUGCCCCCUCCCGGGGUGAACGGGGACCUGGGCGGGGCGGCGGGGUACGGGGCGGGGCUGCACCUCGUCUCGCCCCAGAUCAACGGGGCGGCGGCCGCUGCAGCUGCUGCCGCGGGAUACGGACGAUCCCCCGUGGUGGGCUAUGAGUCGCCUCACCCCCACAUGAGGGUCCCGGGCCUCCCCGCCAGCCUGCAGUCUGCUGCCUCAGGGAAGCCGGCGUACUCCUUCCACGUGAGCGCAGACGGGCAGAUGCAGCCGGUGCCCUUCCCCCCUGACGCCCUGCUGGGCCCGGGCAUCCCGCGCCACGCCCGGCAGAUCCACAGCCUGAGCCACGGAGAGGUGGUGUGCGCCGUCACCAUCAGCGCCUCCACCCGCCACGUCUACACCGGCGGCAAGGGCUGCGUGAAGGUGUGGGACAUCAGCCAGCCCGGCAGCAAGACCCCCAUGGCCCAGCUGGACUGCCUGAACAGAGACAACUACAUCCGGUCGUGUAAGCUCCUCCCCGAUGGGCGGACCCUGAUCGUGGGAGGCGAGGCCAGCACGCUGUCCAUCUGGGACCUGGCCACGCCCACGCCGCGCAUUAAGGCGGAGCUAACGUCCUCGGCCCCCGCCUGCUACGCCCUCGCCAUCAGCCCCGACAACAAGGUGUGCUUCUCCUGCUGCAGCGACGGCAACAUCGUGGUGUGGGACCUGCACAACCAGACGCUGGUCAGGCAGUUCCAGGGCCACACGGACGGGGCCAGCUGCAUCGACAUCUCCAACGACGGGACCAAACUGUGGACGGGGGGGCUGGACAACACGGUGCGCUGCUGGGACCUGAGAGAGGGGAGACAGCUGCAGCAGCACGACUUCACCUCCCAGAUCUUCUCUCUGGGGUACUGUCCCACAGGAGAGUGGCUGGCCGUGGGGAUGGAGAGCAGUAACGUGGAGGUUCUGCACGUCUCCAAACCCGACAAGUACCAGCUGCACCUCCACGAGAGCUGUGUGCUCUCGCUCAAGUUCGCCUACUGCGGUAAAUGGUUUGUGAGCACAGGGAAAGAUAACCUGCUGAACGCCUGGCGGACCCCCUACGGCUCCAGUAUAUUCCAGGUAAACCUUUACUCCCAGAGUUCUUCCUCGGUGCUCAGCUGCGACAUCUCCCCCGACGACCAGUUCAUCGUCACCGGCUCGGGCGACAAGAAGGCCACCGUUUACGAGGUCAUCUACUGAGGCGGCCAAUUGGACGACGCAAUGGCCCGGGCCACGCCCCCUGCCGUGGACCAGUGACUGGAUUGGGUGUGACAUUGGAGGGGCGGAGACUGUGACACCUACCUAUUUUUUUUGUUUGUUUUUUUUGUUACUUUUAGUACAGGGUGGAUGUGACGGCAAGAUGGAUUCUUGGGAGUUUUUACCUCUUUGCUGCUCCAAGAACACAGGCAAAGAAAAUAAGGAUCCCGCCAAAGACGUCAAAAUAAAUAAAUAAAUAAAUAAAUAUAAACAAUAGAAAAGAAAAAUAUAAAAAAUGAAAAUGAAAAAGAAAUGAAUUUUUAAUGAAAUAAAACCUCUGUAGAGUAAAGGAAACCGGUUAGCAAACGAAGAAGCUUGUUUUCUAGCUUUUGGUUUCCUCGCAGGAAAAGAGACUGGUUCCUGUGUCAGGUGACU